AUGCGCAACAGACAGCAGGUCAUGUUGUCUGUGGGCAAAUGCACUGUAGAGUUGAUUUAUACGAAAGUGUCACUAAUAUCCCAUUGGGAGCUGUCAAAUCAUUUUAAUCAACGCACGACUGUAUUUUCUUUCAUUUCAGGGUUCUUGAGUUCAAAAUCUCAUCUACUGUUGGCCAUCCUUGUUCUUCUUGCUCUGUCCCUGCUUACGAAUUUUGUGUUCUGCCUACAGUUCGUGCGGAUUUACCAGCAUGGAAACAAAUAUUUCCUGCCUCAACGAUCAACAAAACCGGCGGGCAUGAAUUCAGUUCUAUCAGCUGGCAUCUUGUGCGACUUGACACCAGAAGUAAUUGCGGAGAAAGUUCACCGACAACAAACAUGGCUGACUUCAACAGGCGUCGAUGUAAGACCUCCAAGUUGUUCUACUCUACCUGACAGUACCAUCAAAAAUUCACAUUCUUGUCAGUUUGGCCGAAGUCUUCGGGCAAAUUCAAGUCGUCUGUCUUAUUGUAGCCCAUCAAUAGCACGACUACCUGGAGCACAGCCGGACCUACCGUGGAAUUCGUACGGAGUUCAUGGGGUUCCGACGGAAUCCGAGGUGAUUUCUCAGCAGACCAUCGGUGAACGAAACUGUGGAGAUUAUAACCACUGUACAACAAAUACGCGGUUUUUAAUGCCGAUAAUUUUUAUGAUUUUUCGAAACAAAUAUUUCCUGCCUCAACGAUCAACAAAACCGGCGGGCAUGAAUUCAGUUCUAUCAGCUGGCAUCUUGUGCGACUUGACACCAGAAGUAAUUGCGGAGAAAGUUCACCGACAACAAACAUGGCUGACUUCAACAGGCGUCGAUGUAAGACCUCCAAGUUGUUCUACUCUACCUGACAGUACCAUCAAAAAUUCACAUUCUUGUCAGUUUGGCCGAAGUCUUCGGGCAAAUUCAAGUCGUCUGUCUUAUUGUAGCCCAUCAAUAGCACGACUACCUGGAGCACAGCCGGACCUACCGUGGAAUUCGUACGGAGUUCAUGGGGUUCCGACGGAAUCCGAGGUGAUUUCUCAGCAGCCUUAUUGUAAAGAAAAGAGUAAAGGUGGACGGGGAAGAGACUUCGUGCUAGCUUACCAUAAUCAUUCCGAGGUGCCUAUGCCUCCAGAAGCUCACUCAGACAAUCUGAAUAGUAACUGA